GGCGAAUAUUUUCCAAAAUCUAACCUGAAUUUCAUAAACAAUCCAAGCCUGUGGAAAGCAACAUUUUCAACAUUGAUUAGGCUAAUUGAUAAAAGAAUAAAAUAAGAAUAAGCAAGUUUUUUGAAAUCUUGAGUAUGUUCUGAGCAAGGAUAACUUCGAAUUAUCGUUUUUCACGAUGAGAACACAAGUUCUGAGAUUAUACAAGGACUUGCUGAGGUACGGUCAAGGCCUACAAUAUACAGACACUGCUUUAUUCAAAAAAAGAAUAAAGGGAAACUUUAGGAAAAACAAGACUCUAGUCGACGCCAAGGAUAUAGAGUUUCAGUUUCAGAAGGGAUUAAAGUUACUGACUGACAAACGAGUAAUCUAAGAGAGAUCGUUCCAAAGUCUUAGCCAAAUCAUGAAGCUAACAAAGACCUUGCAACGAGUUGUACAGCUUAAAUUUACGCAAAUGAUCACGAGUGGCUCUAAAGAUUCUGCAGGGUUCAUUGGCUGUCAUUCAUCAAUUAGA